AUGUCAUCUUAUACAGAAGAUCAAGAAAAGAUUGCGCUAGACGUACUUUCAAAGGAUAAACAUGCAUUUUACGAGAUCCUGAAAGUAAAUAGGACAGCAAAUGAUAGCGAAAUCAAAAAAGCUUACAGGAAAUUAGCUAUAAAGUUGCACCCUGAUAAAAAUCCACAUCCGAAAGCUGCCGAAGCCUUCAAACUUAUAAAUAGAGCAUUUGAGGUCCUUGGUAACAGUGAAAAGCGUGAAAUUUUUAAUAGAAUAGGAAGAGAUCCGGAUGAUCGUCAUGUACCAUCCAAUGCAGCUUCAGAAUCUGCUUUCAGUAGUCAAUCGGAACAUUUCCCAAUGAAUUUUGAGAAUGCAUUUUUUAGAAAUCGUCAUGCAGGAGCAGCAGCACCUGAAGAUAUCUUUGAUUUCUUGUUUAAUAUGAAUGGGGGUGCAGGCCCAUUUAGACAGAGCCCUUUCAUGAAUAAUGCAACAACUUUUAGUUUUGGACCUGGUGGAUUUAGGGCAUACAAUGUCCCGAGAAAUAGAUAUACACCAAGACAGAGGCAAAGACAAGCGCAGCGCCAGCACGACGAGGAACAGAAGUGGCAGGAGAUUGUAAGAAUAUUAUUACCACUGCUUUUCUUCUUUUUACUACCGAUACUAGAAAAGCUAAUCUUUGGUUGA